UGUAGCCAUAGAGAGAGUGCGAGGGAGGGGUGAAGUGGAGGUACAGCAGGAGGGAGAGGCAAAGAGGGUGGAACUGACAGAGGGGGGGUGAACUUGUCAGGGAAAAGGAAAUGAAGUAGUAAGCAAGAUAGUGCCUGCAACACAGAGAACAGCUGACAUUAAAAGAAGACAGACAUGGCUGGAGACAAACUGGAGGAGAGAGCUGGGAGCGAGUGAGGAAAACAACGAGAGAUCAGCAGCCAACCUUGGCCACCUUAUCUUUUCCAUCUAUAGACGGAAAUCGCUGGAUAAUUUAUAAGCCUCUCCCCCUGGCUCUGUGUUAUUGUGUGUGUCGGAGGGAGUGAGAGAGAGAGAGAGAGAGGGGGAUUUGCUGAGCUCACCACCACCAUGCUGUGUCCUGCUGCCGUCAGUGCAGCUGCUGUCUGGUUGCUACUGGCAGUGCUGGGCCCGGGCCUGUCUCUUCCAGCUGAGGAGAACGCCGAGCAGGGCUUCACCCGCUGCAGCGACUGCUUCUACAGACAGACGCCUCCCCGGGGAGCCUCUGCAGGGCCGCUGCUGCACCCACUCUGCCACACACUGCCUGGGAGACAGGCCUUUGCCACUCUGUCCAAACCAGCCUGUGACACAGCUGUCUACUCUGCCUUCCAUCUCAGGCACGGAUGGACAGAGGAAGAGGAGGGCGAAGAGCUCCUGUCAGAAGAGGAAAACAACAUUAAAGCAGCAGCACCAAUUCUCCUCAGAGGAGGCGGGGAUCCAUCUGAUUUCGUCUCAGACUCCCCUCUGCAACACUGGGACUCAACGGUCACAACACUGGUUCAGUCAAGCAUCAGUCCUCAGUGCAGCACUUUAGAGGGAGAUCUCUACAUCCUGACCGGGGCGGGGGGUCUCAGGGCGGCCGAAGAUGGAGAUGAGGAGUGUCAGAUGGGCCCACUGUGGUCUGCAGUGUGCUGCGCGGGCCCAGAGGGGAAGGGUGGCUUCAGCGUGGGGUUAAUCAGAGAGACAGGAGGAUUAGACAGGCAAGUGAGCCUGAAGGAGCUGGAGGAGCUGCUGGGAGUGGAAGAAAUGUUCUCUGAAGGCUGUGGAGGAGCAGAUGUGGAGACUGUUGGAUUUCUUGUGGGUCUUCAGGGCGAGGGGAAGCCUGAAAAUGUAGAGAAGAUGGAUGUGGAUGCUCCUGGCGAAGAGACGAGAGAAACAGAUGUGGAUUCAGACACAGCUGGUCCAGACACUGAAGGGGAGACUAAUCGUCAAGACACUAAAGCUGAGAAUAUCCGUCAAGACGCUGAAGCUGAGACAAACCGACAAGACCCUGAAGUUGAGACAAAUCGACCAGACACUGAAGCUGAGAAAAAUCCUGAUGUUCAGCCAGAGGAAGCUGGUGAAGUUGCACAGGAAACGUCAGCAGGUGCAGUGGAAUCAACGAGCAGCAGUGGAGAGCACGGGGAUGUGAGGAGCUCAGGAGCCGUCACUUCAGAGUCUCCUGACUCCUCAGCGGACCAAGAGACUGCAGAUGAUCAGGAGAAAGACACAAACUCCACCAGCACUCUGGUCUACAUCCUCUCCACCGCCAUUUCCAUUCUCAAAGCUCCGCUGCACCCUCUGAUCUCCACAGUCACAAAGUUACCUGGACAGGUGACCUAUGUCCUUCAGGAGGACCUCGGAGUUCUCUGUGCAUUACCCGGAGACACCUACUCCCUGCUUCACCUUGUGACCUCUGACCUCUUGUCCUGGAUGGGCUCAGCUGCAGAUCUGCUGCUGGGUGUUGGGGAAACCGGUGUCAACAGUGUCUACUACUGCACCUCAUCCAUGCUGGGAGCUCUGUACAGUAACUGCCACACUGGCGUCACCGGUGUGGGGACCCUGGCCGGGGACACGGUGGGGGUAGUUGGCGACGCGGUGGAUAAUGCUUGGUGGGUGACUAAGUUCUUUGGAGGGCGGCUGUGGGAGCACAGUGAAUGUUAUGUGGGCACAGUGGCGACAGAGAUGGGCGAUCAGGCCAUGGCUGUGGGUGGAGGGUUUGGGAAGCUGACAUGGAGAAGUGGAAACGGAGUGUUUAAUGUGUUUAGGCUGGGAGGGGGUUUCGUAAUGGGGAUUAUGGAUAUGCUCAUUGGUGCAGUGAGAGAGGCGUCUGGGCAGGAGGAACAAACCUUGUCAUAGGUUUUCUUCAGGUUUGGUUUGUACAUUUCUGCAGCACAAAAGUAAUAGUUGUUGAUGUCAUUUGAUGCCUUAGUUGUUAUAGAUGGAUUGCCACAUGUGAAUUGUAAACCUCUUCCUAUGGGGUCAAAGUGCUUUACAAUGUUUUGCCUCCUAUUUACACACUCUCAUACACCAAUGACGGAGGAGCUGCUACGCAAGGUGCUUGCCCGCAAUGGGGGUUUAGUGUCUUGACCAAAGACAGGAGGAGGCGGGGAUCGAACCGCGAACCCAGUGGACAGUCCGCUAUAUCACAAAGCAACACAGCCUCCCUUAUAAUGUGGAUACACCUCACUGUGGAAAUCUGGCUGUUCAAUAAUCUACUGUAUUUGAGAGCUGUAAAAACACACUGUGCACACUGUUCUUUUGGAUGUAAUUGUUCAGGGCGAUUCUUGUAUGAUACUUGUUGCAUGUAUACAUUUGAAUAAAAUGAAUGGCUGGUCUGCCAGUGUAACAUGAA